CAUGGUUGUGACGGAGGUGAUCCUACAGCUGCUUAUUCUUAUAUUUAUGAAAAUGGUGUACCGGAUGAGACAUGCACCAACUACCUGGCAAAGACCCAGUCUUGUGAGCCAGAGAAUGUUUGCCGUAACUGUGACCCAUCAGGGAAGUGUUUCGCUGUACAGAAAUACACCAAAUAUCAGGUGACAGAACAUGGUAGAGUAUCAGGAGAGGAUAAGAUGUUGAGUGAGAUCUUUGCACGAGGCCCCAUUGCCUGUACUAUAGCAGUGACUGCAGCCUUUGAACAAUACACUGGAGGAGUCUUUAAUGACACUACUGGAGCUAAAUCACUGGAUCAUGAGAUAUCCAUUGCUGGUUGGGGAGUUACUAGUGGAGGAGUUAAAUACUGGAUUGGACGCAACUCAUGGGGUACCUAUUGGGGUGAAGCUGGCUGGUUUAGGUUGAUAAGAGGAGUUGAUAAUCUUGGGGUUGAGUCCAACUGUGACUGGGCUGUCCCUGCUGCUAUUCACUAACUACUGAACUCCUACAGCUGCUUACCAUUGUAUUAUUGUAUAUUUUGUGUAGUUCCCUUUUGUUAUUUAUUGCUGGCUCAGCUGUUUGCUUUGAUCUUUACCUUA